AGGUGUAGUCGUUGUUUUAAAAUGUCUGAGUUUGAAUAUAACAAUUUACUGUUCCAAAUAAGCCAAAGACUCGACAACAUAAAUGCUGCCAAGCAAUUACUUGUGAUAUGCAGAGGAAAGUUGGCGGCUCGUAAUGAGGAAAGCAUCCCUACCUUGUCGUUGUUUGAAGAAUUAGAGGAGGGAGGAUUUCUGAGUUUCGAUCGUCUAACGGUAUUGAAGGCCAUUUUAGAAGGCGUCGAGGAAUGGGCUCUUCUUGAAAAGGUUGAAAAGUUUGCGUGCAAAAGAAAGGAAUACAACAACUUGCUUGAGCAGAUUAUACGAGUACUCGACGAGCUUAAUGAUCUCGAACGACUCAUUUCCAUUUGCCGAGGAAACAUUACAGAACGAAGACGAGCGAGCAUCCACGAUGUUAGGUCAUUGUUCAAGGAGUUAGAAAGCAACGACUGUCUUGGAAUCGACUGCCUCGAAAUCGUGAAGGAGAUUUUGACCCAGACGGAAAAAACCGAUCUGCUGAAGGAAGUGGAAGAGUUUGAGCAACGACAAAGUCGUGAAAGGCGAAAAGGUAUUUCUCUACGCCCGUUGUGUUGCAAUUUCAUUUCUUCCCCUCAUAACAUCGUUGUAUAAGAAUUUCUGGAUAACCGUGUUUGCGCAAACCUAAGCCCCGUUUAACAUGGUUUUUAAGUCUGAAUUUUGAACGUUUCACUUCAGCGAUAGCAGCUGCCAUGGGAUCGUCACCUUUCGACAAACUGGUGGGAGGUAAGAUAUUUUAAAAUUUAGUUUCGCUCCAUGUAUACAUUUCCCCGUUCUGAGACGGUCUCGACAGUCUUCACCUACUUGGGUUUACGGGACAUCCUUUCUCUAAAGGCAUGCUAACCUACAAAAAGGGUUCACUCUUAAACGAAACCCUCAGCGUUUCUAUAGCAUAAACAACUAGACUCGCAAUAGGCGACUUCACUGGGCUGCGCGGCAUAUAUAAAACCUGUGUUGCACGCGAGAAGUUUUCGAGAACAGACAGUAAACAGCUUAUAAAAGGAAUAAACCCAUUAAACCUAUCCCGAUUGAUCCACGGGCCUCAUUCAACCGACUGCAUCAAACGGUCGACAACACGAUUUUUUUUAAUACCGUAAUAUGAGUUAAGAUUCGCUAUUUUUCUUAGUCGCGUGAGUGACUAAAGACUGAAAUAAGGGCACUUUGAAAUUCAGUAGCUCGUGACCUUGUUUUCAUCUGGGUCAUAAUGUGAUUACACGAUCUUAAAUUGUUUUCUGUUCAAGCGAUUUAUCUCGAUGCAGAAUGAUUGCCCAUUACAUUAAUUGAAAUCCUAUGGUUCAUUCAUAUAAUAUUGUACUUCUACGUCACAUUUACAGUGUACGUACUCUAAACACCUUCAGUAAAAACAAAUAUACAGGUCUUGUACAUGUGUAAGUCAAGCUUAUACCAAGUGAAGUUUCGAGUGAAAUCAAUCCAUAUAGUUAUUUUUUUUAAGUUUCCAUUUUCGAUGACUUUUUUGUUUACACCCUUAUCAAAAGGUAUGAAUGGCGAUAACCUUAAAAAGAGUUGCGAACUUUCAAAGUUUAUCGAGACUCUAAACAGUCGUGCUUGUUGAAGGGGACCCGGAAGACACAGAACUUGGGAGAUUAGCAUUAGAAGGUCAUGCACAAAUUUAAUUCAGAUAAAACUGGCAAGAUACAGAUACAAACAAAAGCAAAAACUCUGGACCAUACUGAGAACAACUGAAAGCUAUAGGAAGCAAAGUCAGCAAACCCUGCACUAGUGAGUGACUUGCCUUUCUCUUAAACGCUUUUCUCCUCUUCACUGCUCAUUUGCCCUCUCGCCAAACUGCAACCGCCAGCUUCGAAGGCUAAUGAACUUGUCUGCAAAAUUCUCGAAGUGUAAAUUCCGUCGUCCGAGUCUCCUUUACCCUUAUGUAAAAUUUAGGCGGGUGUUGCAUUAAACAGAAGGAAAUAUAGCAACGAAAAGGCAAGUUACGAUACUGCGCUGAAAUGGGAAAACACGUUUUGUCGAAACGCCUUCUGGGCUAAAUUAAACUGGGUGAACAAUUAACAGUGCCUGUGUAAAAGUGCCCGGAUAUUGCGUUGAAGACCGAACGGAACUGAAUUUACAACUGGGCGUGCCCUGCAGCCCAGUAAUUAUAAUAUUUGUAAGGCGGACUGAUCAAGUGGUAAAGAGAUCCUAGAGAUUAGUGUAGCCUUGUUUGCAGGUCUAAGUCAGAGAUAAAAAGUGUUUAGAUAACACUGUCAUUGGACAUCUCUAAUCAUAAAAAUGGAAAUUAGUAAAAAAAUCGUUUUAUGUCUUUUAUCUCUAAAAUUCUUACUUAUCUACGAGGCUUUGGAGACAAAAACUAAAGAAAUGUAGUAUUCGUUGCUCAACUAAGUAUUCACUUUAAUGCAUUGAAAUUGUUUUAUUGCAUAAUACGGCUCCACUUACGUUGUAACUAAAAACACGAGGAGCCAUGCGGUGUAAAUUCUGAAAGAGAGCGACCUCCUUACUUCAUUCUGAGAGGGAGACCACCCGCUAUUGAAGUGUUUAAGACGGAAUCCAUCAGGAAUCAGUGUACCAGAAUAAUUUAAAGCACAUUGCAUUCUUUUUUACAUUUUUCAAGGGCUAAAGAUUUAAUAACACCAAAGAAAAUUUCUUAUGAGAGCCCGAGAAAAUGAAUGGCAAAUUUCACAAAAUUACAUCUUACACAUGAAAUUUCAGAAUUUUACCUGUGUUUCACAUUUCUUGUGAAAUUUGACAUUUAUUUUCUCGGCCUCCCAUGAGAAAUGUUGUUUGGUAUUAUUACAGACAACACAUCUUUAGCCCUUUUGAAAAACGUAAAAAAGUGUAAUAUUCUUUAAUUGUUCUGGUACAAGGAUUUUCUCCACUGAAGAUUAAAAUUACUCAACUUCCUGGUGGAUUCCGUCUUAACAUUCUUUGUUCCUCAUCACGCAAGGGACCAGAAGGAGCUCAGCUGCUUAUGAGAGUACAAUUCUUUACACACUUUGCCUUAAUAGAACUUUUGUACCACUUUUUUGCAUUUUCUACAGUUAGGAAAAUUUUAAUGUGACAUUUUUUUAAGUCAAUAUUUAUCCAGGGGCAUCCAAUUUUAACGAGCUUGUUUAAAUGAAGCCCUGACACAACACAAAAACAAAGACAUUAAAACAUUAGAACUAGAAAAGUAAUUAAUUUACAAAGCCAACAUGUACCGCAGGCGCAAGAUGAACAAGCUAGUGCUUCCCUUCAAUACCCUAUGUAGUGCAAUCCUGUACCACCUGCCAGAUGGCUUGUAAGCGGCAAAAGGUAGACCCCUUUUAUACGGAGAAACGUUGUUCCGCUUUGAAGGGUCAGUCGUCUGCCCCAGCUAACGUGAAUUACACUCUCUCCCAUCUCAUCUUUGCUAGAAGCCCACCGCCUGUAAGAAGUGUUUUUUGUCUAAACGAAUUCUCUAGGACAGACAGAUGGAUUUGCCGCCGCGACCUAAAAAAACCAAAACCUUUGCCAAGUAACCGUCGCUGACCCAUCCCCAGAGCCUCUUGGUUUUCCUGCCGCCGCCAUAUCAGUGAAAAACAAGGAGACCCUGGGGGUGGGGUUGCCGCCCUCAGUCUGGAUACGAUUUUCAGGAUUGCGUGACAAGUUUCAUAAUCUAUUUAUGUAUGACUCGAAGGACGUUAUGAUCAGCCAAUUGGCUUUGUACAGUAGUUUAUUUUAUUCAGACUAUUAUAACUUUUUUUUGGUAGUUUUUACUAUCAAGACUGUUUUCAGAGGAAUUGGAGGAAGUAUACUCGCCUUUUCCGCCUUUAAACUCCUGAGACGAGGUUCCACAUAUGACCAGCUCGUCACUGCCAUUAGUACUUGCAUUCUUCCUGCCGGUAUUAAACUAAUAGAAAUGGCUGAGGGGAGCGUUAAUCUCAAAGUUCAGGCAGAGAAUCGUUUAGCUCUUGACAGUUUAUGGCGAAUGUACAAUAAUGGAACGUUAAAAGCACGCCUGGAAGCCUUGUUUGUCACAGAUGAAAUGAGGGAACUUGCCGGUGGAGAAGGAGUGGAAGUUAUUGUGACCAUCGACGAGCGAGAAUAUGAGAACGCCCGGUACGAGUUGACUACUGAAGCAAGAGGUAACGUUAUGAUGUUGUGUCACCACUGACGGCGACUCCUAACCCAUAAGUCUCAAAAGAGUGAAAGAGAUCUAGGCAGAAAGGUUCUCUUUUCUUACUCGCCGGGUGCUGCACUGCUGUUGAUGCAGUGCAACAAUAGCGGGAUGUAGAGUAUGGUAAUUUAGGAGAAAGAUAGCUUGGCCUAGUUCGAGGUCAUAAGAUACACUCUUAACCGGUCUACAGUGCCUACGGUCAAGUGCGUCAUUUUGUUAUUAACCAACAUUAUUAUUCAUUCAAAAUAUUUCUCCGUUUCUGAUUGGCUAAAAGUACACGCAUAAUUCACCAUAACCAGCUUCUGUUGACCAAAUUUGGAAGAAUUCUGCGAUUAAUCAACCGAUGACGUCAAAGGUGCAGCACAGUUGCAGGUUAAUGCACCGUUAACCGAGAAGACCUGAGGACGAGGUUGAGUUGUUUUGGUUGUGAAAAGAAAAAUGGCCGAACAGUCUGCGGAACAUUUUCCUCGUUUCACGACGAACUUUACAGAGAGGAGAAGUGUGACGUCACGUUACCACGGUAGCACUAUUUCUGGAUGACCACAAAACCAACGGCGACGGCGACGGCACGGAGAACGGCAAAAAAUAAUAUGUUUAUAUGUUUAUAUUAACAAACAACAACUUUGCACGUGAAUCAUGCCAUUUUGUGCAUUUCUUUGCCGUCGUUGCACCACUAAGACAUGAAACUUCCUAAUUUCACGAGACCGCUUUAUGGAGUAGGUAAACACAACCACAAAAAUUGUCGCUUUCUUUUUCUAAAUAUAGAUAACGAUAGAUACGGUCCCAAAGAAAAUUUCGCCAAGAUUUGCCAAAUUAAAUGAAACUGAACAAGAUCGGUGAAGUUUGAAAUAGUGCGAAUAUACUUUAAAGUGACUUUAUCGGUUUGUUGUCAUCCAAAAAUGUUGCUACCGCGGCAACAUGACGUGACAACUUCUCCUCUCUAUUGUCUAAAAACAUAGCAAGAAGACAAUUCGACCGAAACAUCUGCUAUUUGGAGUAUAUUUGCGGACCUGAACAACCCUUUAUCUUCUAAACAUGCACUAUCGAGGUGAAGUUAACAUCGACAAAGGUAAGCAUGUUUUAGCUUGUUUUCAAACUAGGAAUUAUUUUGAAUGAAAAAUAAAGCAAUUAAUGAAUUCGGCUUUCGUAUAGGAUAUAGUAUAUACUAAAACAGUGGAUAGUGUUUUUCGCGCGCUCUGAUUGGCUACUCAAUCAGUGAAUAUCCUGCACUAUUCACUGAUUCACCUCCAGUUCCUCUGAGCGAGCGACGCCAAACUCGCGUAGGUUGCGAGCAAAAUGCUUUCCCGGUUUGCUGCCGUAACAUACUAACAAAUUUCACAACUAAUCAAGCAAGCUUUUUCCGAAAUACAUGAAGAAAGUGACGAAGUUCGGUUUGGUAGUUUUAACAGGUAAAGCUUUAUCUUUUUGACUUGAAUAGUUAUCGCAAAACCGGUGAAAAAGUUUUUUGUUUACAAAUGCAAAUUAAGCUUAAGUCUUGCGUUACUUUAUUUAGUUGACUUGUUCAUAAAUAAGCUUAAAACUAAAUUUAAUAAUCUUUUUUACAGAAUUAUUUUAAAUACAAACAGAAUUCACAACUCCUUUUGAAGAAACUUCCCCGCAAGAGCUAAACAAACGCCUUCAAAAGUUUUAUUUGUCGCUAAGAAAAAGCGACGACCGCGGCCGUUCGGUCAUCGCGCGCCAAAAUUGUAAUCGUUGGCAACAGUAAAUGAGUUAAAAAUCAUCAUUUUGUGCUCAAUUAUCUCACUGUUUUAGUAUAUACUAAAACAAUUAUUCACCUCAGUGUCGGUGGCUAGUAGUGGCUAUAUUUACCUUGCCGCUUCGCGGCCUCGGUAAAUAUGCAGUACUAGCCACCUCCACUUCGGUGAAUAAUUGUUAUUUAGUAAAAAGAAUUAUGCAGAUCUUGGAGGGUGUUAUCAGCCUCGGCCUUCGGCCUUGGUGGAUAACACCAUCCUCGAUCGGCAUAAUUCUUCAUAUCCUCCUCAGCCUCAUUCAUUCAUUGCUAAUUAAUUAAUUAAUCAAUGGGAGAUCGGAAAAAAAAAACAGGCCAGUGUUGCGAGCGGGAGCACCUUGGUGUAGUUGGAAACUAUCUUGUGACAGAUUGUUGCUACCGUCCAUUCUUAAUAUUAUUAUAAUACCGUUGCCAUAUUUUCCCAGCCAAUCAAACGCACCGACACUUGUUUAAAGAUUUCAUUUCUUCCAUUAUCAUUCGUUUUUUGCUGGUAUAAAAUUCAUUGAUUCUCGUUAAUAUUUAUUUUUCACUGUCCUCAUGCAACUCCAUUCUCCGUAUUAUUUAUUUUAUUUUCGCUACCGUUUUGCAUUCAGAUGAUUCUAUGGACAAAGAAGAAAAGCGGCUUAAAAACCUAGAUCAGGAGAAAUAUGACUACAUUCAGGAUUACCUAGAACAAGCCAGAGAACAAACAAAGGAUGUUGAUAGACAAAGCGUAACGACAGACACAGCAAGUGACAGUGGUAUAUCGGGAUCAAAUAUAAAUACAUCAUCUGAAGUUGGAACGGAAGACAUCAGCGGUAAGCUUUAAAGUUGAAAGCCGAUGCUUAACAACAACAGGAUAGCAUACACAUAAGCCAAGGGAGAGAUUUCUUCAAAUUGGUGUUUUGGACCCGUCAUCUUGAUUUUAAUGAUAUCAAAAUAGUGCCGUGGUACUGAACCAAAUUUAAAUCAGAUAAGGGAGGGAAUAAGAAAUUCGAGAUCUAUAUACUUUUUUAAUUUUAAAAGUCGAAAGGAAAUUCAUGAGGGAUGGGCAAAUAGGGCUCAAAGGGAUUUAUGGAUAAUAAUAAAUAAUUGCUUUAUUGUUCAUUCAAAAUAAUUACAAGUUUAAAAACAAGCCAAAACAUGUUUACCUCCGUCGAUCGAUGUUAAGUUCCCUUUUUGAGAGCGAGUAGUCUUGACUAUUAAUUUUUGCCUUGUAUUCCUACCUUCGCUUUUUCAAAAAGUGUAAAAACUUACUCUUGUUAUUGGAUCAUUUUCAGCAGUAUCUAAGUUAGAAAAACAGCUGGGAUGGUUACAUUUUUCUAUUUUUUCCUUUCCCCUACAGAUUCUUCUUUCAAUCUUUGCUUAAAAGAUCUAAGUAAAGCAGUGACCGCAGAAAUAUCAUUCAGACUUGAAACUGACUUCACUGCCUUGGAACAGUUUUGUCAAUCGUUUGGGCUUGAUCGUCAAAAAUUGCAUCUCAGCAUGAGGGGGAAGUCAAGACAAGAAAUUAUCGAAUUGUUCCCGGACACCCCAGUCACGCUGUUAAGAGACGUAUUUAGGAAGUUGGAGUUAUACGAUCUCGUAGAGUUGCUGGAAAAAGUGAGACCAAGCACGCUUCGUGCCAUUCCGGCGAAAGAAAUGGACAAGUUACUAAAUGCCAAUAAUAAACGACCAACAAAGUUCUUCAGCAAAGCAGAGGUUUUGAUUAUAGAUUACUUUGGCUUUGCUGCUGUGGAAAAAGCAAAUAUUGAAAGAAUUGGAUCUUUUUUUAAAGAUCUAAAUUCGAAGAGCCAGGUGGCUGAAAUUACAGCAGAGGUUACCUUCGAACGACGGUUGGAAGAUAUUAACAAGUUGAGGAAAAGGAGUGCGAUGGAAUGGGACAGUCACAGAGGAGCAGAGGACGAGGAAACGAUGCUGAAAGAGUUGCUGAAGGAGAAAUUUCCAAAUAGUGGGUACAAAGGAUCAGAAAGGCUUCCUUCUGUUGAUUUAAAGCGCAAGAAGCAACUGCUGAGCACGGUUUACGAAGAGGAAUCAGCAAUGACAAAACGUCUAGAGGAGGUGGUCCUGGAAAGAGGCAAAACAGAAUUAAAAAUAAAUGAAAUUUGUAAGGAGAUUGAACAGAAGGUUGAAGAACUUAAAGGAGAACUACCGGAACAGACAGAGAAAUUCAAAGUGGCUAUUUCAAGCGUCUUAGACAAAAGGAUCCGCCAACCAAAUGAUAAAGGUGAGUUUACCUACUGGUAAAUUCAGGUGAUAGAUCGAUCUAGGUAUAAAAGGGCGAAUACACUAUGUCCAAUGAAAACUAAAAGAAACCUACAUUAAAAAGAUUGUUUGUUGUGAUUCAUGAUUAUUAAUAGAAGUAAGAGGCAACUUAGAACAGGUCGGCCAUUGGCCAGUGUGAUUGGUUCUGCAUGUGUUUAGUGCAUGGAAGCUAUCACGUGCCUUUUAUAACUAAUUUGUUUCAACCUUAUUUUUCAAGUAUGCUCUCGAGUGCGUUAAAAGACAAGAAAGUCAUUAAAGCUCGUAGAGACUCUCGCAUUGACAAAUCCAUUAAAGAUGUUCGGUCACCGGUGUUUGCUAUAUUAGACUUCUGAUUAAACGUAGUGGUGAUGUCAGCCUAGGAGACCCAUUGGGAAAAGACAAAGAAAAAAUGACUAAGAAGGUUGAGUAUGUACCCAAGUUGAGAGAAUCUUACCCUACAUCCUCAGUUAGAAAUACUGUACUAUCCCGGUAGUAAGAACCCUCAUUUUGCCAAGUUGGCCUGAACCGACUCUAGUAGUGGAUAUUGCUAUUAGUAGGGAGUAGGCCCGUUGCCAGUGUGUUUAAGGCGUGGUCACUUUUCGACCGAGCAGAGAUUGGACCGGACGAGUGAGGAGUGGUCGCAUGGAGUCUGAACCCAAGUUAGCUCGACCGCAUGGCAGUCUUGGUUCGAGUCGCGCGUAGAGUCGAGUCGCGCGUGAUUAGGUUGGGAUUCGGGUCGGACUUAAGGUUCGGGCUAUAGUCGGAAAGGGUUCGGGUUAGAGAUUACUCUUAAGCUUGUCCGUCUAUAUUUAUUAACGCAUGCGCAAUUCUACUACAACUCCGAGUGGCUCUCGGUAUAACCAGGUAAUUGGUCGAUGUCUCGCCCUGACAACUCUAUUAACUCACGACAAUUUGCUCAUUGGCUGCCCAAAAUUGCCCGCAACAUUGUAGAGGUGAGUGAGAAUUAAAUAAAGGGUUUAGUUUUAUCGCUUCCUCACGAUUGUCACAAUGAUAUUGAUCGCGACGUUUCGACCGCACACUGCAGGUCUCCAUCAGGUGAUAGUGUCGAUUUACUGAGUCAGACUAUUUGUACCACCGUGGUUGUUAGUGAUUGGUGUAUCACAAACCUCGCUCAUGGUUGAUCCGUUUUUUCCUCUCACAACACCAACAAUGCUUUGGAUCGAAGCCCACCAACCAUGAGCGAGGUUUGUGAUACACCAAUCACUAACAACCACGGUGGUACAAACAGUCCGACUCAGUAAAUCGACGAUAUCGCCUGAUAAAGACCUGCAGUGUGCGGUCGAAACGUCGCGAUCAAUAUCAUUGUGACAAUCGUGAGACAAACGAUAAAACUAAACCCUUUAUACACAUUACCCACGAUGAUUAAUAUCUUUCGUGACAUUGAGUGAGAAUUAUUCCGACGAUUUUUUUUCUUAGCCGAUGUGUCUUUAGGAAUAUCUUCCAGGUCAAACAGACUACUCAAAAGGUAUUUUGGCUUACUGACGGCAGCUUCCAAAGCCUCCGUAUAUUCCACUUCAUCAUCUUCCAUAAAGCUACGUAACGUUUUAGUAACCUUUUGUGCUCCGGGUCAGUUUUCAAGUUACGAUACCACCUUAGGUAAUGCAAAUACAAGUGUCGCAGAAGGUAAGAAGCUCGAGCCGGAGGAUCUUAGGCAAACCCUGGCGUAGAGUUUCUAAUGCCACCUGUUCCUCCCAAGCUGAAUUCACGUCAUUGACAACUUCUUUUCGUGGUUUAUCUCAAGGAUCAACUUCCUCACUUUCUGUGUCACUAUCCGUAUUUUCUUCAUCUUCGUCAAUUUGUUCUUUACUUGGCUUUUGUUCUCAUCAUCAUCGUCAUUGUCGUCAUCUUCAUCGUCAUUUUUAUUUACGCAUUUUCUUGCCGCCCGAACCCUAACCUCCGACUUUAUCCCGAACCCUAAAUCCGACUCGAACCCUAACCUUAUUACGUGACCUUCCUCGACGCGCGACUCGGGGCCAGAUUACCACGCGAUCAAGCUAACUCGGGUCCAGACUCCACGCGACCACUCUUUACUCGGGUCCAAUCUCUGAUCGGUCGAAAAGGGACCACGCCCUUAAACACGUGCAACGGGUCCACACCCUACUGCUAUCCACCGGAUAAAUCACAAUCAGGCGGACAGGUAUUAGGCAAACCAGUUGGGCUAUCCAGUGGAUAGUGUUUUAUCCGGUGGAUAGAGUUAUCUACCUUUCGAACAACUGUGGCCAGAUUCUUACAUAAAUGAUAAUUAGCACAAAUCUACGCUAUUUGGGAUCUUAAAUAAAUUCCUAUUUUCUGUAGAAAAAAAGCAUAAUGUAGUUUACAGGAUCUAGCUCUAUUCAGCCUACUCCUUACUAAAAACUACCACUAUCAGAAAAAUUGAAGUACUGUUCACAUGAGUUCUAAAGGUUGUAUAAAGAAUAAGAACAGUGAAUAAGAACCAGUUUCAAAUUGCUGAACAGGAUCUUUUAAAGAGGGGGCCGGGGGGGUCUAAGUUUCAAAACAAAUCUUUUUGAUGGAUGACGGGCUAUUUUGGCGAGUUGAAUACUAUAAUUCAUUACCAAGGAGACAGAUAUUUUAAGUAUAGAGAUAAGCAUGGUUUUGAGCUCGGAAAUAUUUCGAGUAAACAAUAAAGCAAUUAUUGAACUCGGCCGGUUUCUUAUGAUAUCAAGAAUUAUGGCAACCUCGUUUCCAGGGUCCUCUCCUACUCGUCACCCGGAGCGAGGGAGGGAGAGACCACCCAGCGUCAUCCAUGCAAUAAAUGUUAUAUGUCAGUACAGUGUGUGUAUAUUCAACAAUAUUAACUGAGCCUGAGGUGAAUAAUUGUUUUAGUAUAUUCACACGAAGUGAUCUCAACAAAAUCAGAAAGGAAACCAUUAAAAAACGAUUAGUUUAAUUGACGGGUGAAUUCAUGCGUGAACACGAAGCCGUAAACAGUGGAUGCGCAAAAGUUAGAUCUUUACAGUAUCUUCAAACAUGGCAAAUGAUAGUUUUAAUCUUUUGUAUCGAGUUUUGUAAGCUUUAGCAUCAACGGUUUAAAAAAAACGCCGAAAAUUUAAAUUACUACCCAAUUCUGAGAAGAAAAGUAGAGCUUUAUUUGUUUCUGUCAACUCACCGUGAAUGAGAAAGUUUUCUUUGUCACUUCUUGCAAGUGCUGUCAACAGCGGCUACGAUCAAGGUGAACGUUGUUUAUCUCCAAUGUUCUUUGCCUUGUUAACUUGCUGGCACAUACAAUUUUCGAAAAUAUUUGCCUUGCUCUUUCCUCCAUAAAUUAACUUCUAUUUAUAGGCGAAAUUGGUCUUGCGAGAAUAUCCCGAAAUCACAAAACAGUGACAAAGCGACCUCGUUUUCGUCGUUUUUGUCAGCUUUGAGCGUACAAAACGUCAGGCACGGUAAACCACUUCACAAUAAAUCACGCUGUUUAAACACCAUGAAGUCUUUUCUUGCCUUCAAAGUCAUCAGCACUUGGAUAUUCGUGUAUUUUCAAAAAGGUUUUACUAUGAAACUGUGGCAAAACACCCUGUUCACGACAGCGAUUUUGCUCUGCUUUAUAUUCACUGCCUAGCGCGGUGAAUUUAACGUCAUAGUCCGAGAUUGCUAACCAUUCAGAUUGCUUGAAUUACCAAGAUCACUGUGUGUAUAUACUAAAUAUAUAUAGGCUCAAGUGAUAGUAACAAUUGAAGAUUAGGGGUUCUGGCUUAGCUAAGAACGUAUCUGUUAUUUGAAAGUAGUAACUCGGACAGUUAAACAUAUUAAAUAAAAUGAUGUUCAUUUUCAAUUUUGUUGAGAUCACCACGAGUAAAUAUCUGGUCGUGGUCUUUCACAUCGUACACUAUGAGCCGGAUGCACUAACCACUGACCACGGAACUGCCGGGAAAAUGGGAACUCUCGUGGAAGUUCUUUAUGCAAUCACGAGAAUGCAUUCUCAGAUAAAUAAAUGGAAACAAAAUGAUGUGUGAAGACGCCUGAGAAAAAAAUGGCAGAUUGGACCAGGCUUCAUAGUAGCUGCUGAACAAUCUGAAUUCUGUUUAUGUUGCACUAAGAAUUCAUUUAUCUAAGAAUUCAUUUGAUCUGGGCUAGAUAAUAGCAGAAAAAAGUAUUUUAAGGCAUUUCUUAAAAAGGAAAACGUCGUAUAUCUCAAAUAAGGACGACGACCCACAAGACCAAGGGGACGCCAUAACCAAGCUGGCCAUAGUGAGAUUUGCAUUAAUACUGAAAUUAACAGGGGCAGCCAUGAACAAGGUCUGCCGAACUUAUCUGGCCAAGACCAUUUAGUGAAUUCGGAGUGUCGCCUGCAGUAGAAGUUCUGAUCUCCAAGGUAAGAUUUCUAAGCUGAAACCAAAAUAAUUUGAAAGGUUUAAUUCUCAGAAGCACUGCAAAAUAACUGUACUCCAAUUAAGUGAAAUGGGCUCAGUACGAUUAAAAACUGGCAGAUGAAACGUCUUAUGAUCCGUUUUCUUUCUUUCUUUCCAGAUAGCGAAUCGACGCUUCUUGUCGUGAUUCAGAGUUCAAAGUGCUACUACUUUGUUUCUGAAUGUAUAGAGGAAACACAAAAAUUUUUGGCUGAAAAAUUGAGUCUCAUUCCAAACACGAAGCUAGUAAUAUCCGAUUACUGGUCCCUGCCAGACAAGGACCACGUACAAAUGUUCCAGGAUACUCUUCAUUUCCUGAUACAUGGGAGAGGAGCUUUUCCUACAAUGUUAGAGGUGUUAAACAAGCGUUGGCAGACAUUAGAUCUUAUUUCAGUGUGCAGGGAAAUUCAGAGGACUUUGCCUGUUCAACAUGAACUUUUCUAUCAAGGGGAUAGGUCCACUUUUGAUUACCAUGGAUGUCAAAUAGUUGACAUCUUGACCUGUCUUCCAAAACUUCAGAAGGUGGAUCCAUAAACGAAACCAAGAGAUAAUAAGCUAUUCUCUCUUGACAAAACUCAGACUUGUCACCCACUCCUCUCAAAGGGAAACUUCUUCAUAUCUAGAAUGGAUUAUUGUGCACGUGGUUCUGCCUGAUGAAAGUCUGCAUUUAAAGGUGUCGAAUAACCAGUGGCGGAUCCAGACCUUCAAAUAA